AUUGUUUGCGGAAGUCGUGGAGUCUCAGUCCUUUCUGUGAUACUUUUAGACACGUUUGUUAAAAUCAUUGCUUUUCUCCUCAAUUUACGUGAUUUGUACAUUUAUUUAUCAUAGAGAAAGUUAUAAAGAGUGUUUAUCGACAUAUUGAUCCACGUGUACCCAGCGUGGUUAACACUUCCGUCACUGACAGUCUGUAUAAAACACUUCUCCGUUUACUGUUUUAUUUCUUCCUGGGUCAAAAUCAAUCAACUAAACCGGAGCCAGGUGUCGGUUACCGGCGGUGUGGUCGCUCUCCGAGCCGCUGUGGAAUAUGAACCCAGAGAAGAGGCUCCGCACCGGGGGAGGUGGAGGAGCAGAGACACCGAGAGGAGAGCGAGAGGAGGCGGGGAGAGAAGUGGACGUGAGUAUUGUCAUGCCAGUGCACAAUGCAUCCUGUUGGCUGGAUGAAUGUCUGCAGGCCAUAUCAGAGCAGGACUUCACUGGAUCGAUGGAGCUGUCUGUCUAUGACGACGCAAGCACUGAUGACUCCAGGAAAGCGGUGGAGGGUUGGAGGACAAGAAUGGAGGCGAGAGGCAUCUCAGUGGUGAUCUCUGGUCACAGCUCCGCUCAGCCAAAAGGAGUGGGAUAUGCAAAGAACAUGGCGAUAUCUCAGAGCUGUGGGAAAUACUUGUGCUUUCAGGAUGCGGAUGACAUCAUGUCGCCUCACAGAGUUCGUCUGCAGUACGAAGCUUCUCUCCUCAACCCAAACGCUUUGAUUGGCUGUAGAGUUCAGAGGCUUCCAGAGGGAUCUACAGAGCGUUACACUCGCUGGAUCAACACAAUCACUCAGGAGCAGCUCAUGACACAGGUGUUCACAUCUCAUGGUCCCACCGUUGUCAUGCCAACGUGGUUCUGCUCAAGGAACUGGUUCCUGAAGGUCGAACCAUUUGAUGAGGGAGGCAAGGGAGUCCCAGAGGAUCUGAUCUUCUUCUACCAGAGUCUUCGCCAGGGAGGGGGUCUGUCCAGGGUGAACCAGUGCCUGCUGGUGUACCGUUACCACGAGAAAGCCGCCACACACUCAGUAACAGAGGAAACCAUUUGGCAGCUGCGAGUGGACUUCCUGCAGGAGAGAGUUCUCAGCCAAUGGAGCAGCUUCACCAUAUGGAACGCUGGGAAACAGGGCCGGAAGCUAUACCGAUGCCUGAGUCCGGCUAAUCGGAAAAAAGUCAAAGCUUUCUGUGAUGUGGAUGAGAACAAGAUCCAGAAAGGGCUUUACACAUACGAAGAAUCCAAGGAAAUACCGAAGCCCAAAAUCCCAAUAGUGCACUACAAAGCUGCCUCCGCCCCCUUCAUCGUCUGUGUUAAACUGGACAUGACGGGAGGUGUGUUGGAGGAGAACCUUAACUCUCUGCAGCUGAAAGAGGGAACAGAUUAUUACCACUUCAACUGAUGAUGAGGAAGACGAGAGGAAAGCAGGGACUCUGAUUCAUUACGACACACACACACACAAACAGAGAGACAGGCAGAUAGUAACACAGUGAACAGGGGAGUCUUUCUCACACCUGAAACACUGCACAGUUACACAGAGAACCUUAUGGGAAGAGUUUGACAUUUGAGGCUUACUCACAUUCUGACUGAGAGUAAGGUGAUUGAAGAUUGAUGCCACUCUCGUAUCUGACUCAUUAUAUCGGACACUAUAGCCAAGAGAUGCUGAGCUCAGCACAAAGACUAGAAAGCUAGACUGGCUCUCUCCAGCGGUAAAACAGAUUCUACCUGGAACUGACUAAAACAAAAUGCAGCAAACGACAGUCGGAAAGAGACAAAUUGUGUCGUAAUUGAAUCAUAUGAGAUAGAGACCCACUGCAACUGUACAAAAAAAAACCUGCUACAGAUAACACAGACUCACACAUGAAUACAUGAAUCAAAAGGGAAUAGUUUUACUUCAUGUUUUCUUACGCUGUUUCCAAAUCUGUUGAACUGUUCCUACACACACACUAUGCGUGUUACAGCUAGAAGAAGUAAGCAUAACUUGGAGGUCUAUAUUUUACCUAUCAGAGGACAGAUAUUUAUUGUGUAGGAGGGUGUGAUGAAGAACGGUGUUGACCACUGGAAGAAUAAACAGUUUUUUAAAAAUUU